UGGGUCAAGGUGCAGGAGGAAAACAAAAAUAUGAUGUACCAUGUGUCAGUGUUCCAGAUAAUGUAGAUGUGUCUUGGACUAUAGGAAGAGAUUCAGUUCUAUUUAUUUAGAUUGUUUUUAUAUAUUGUGUCAUUUUGCAUUCAGAAUUAGUUUUCUCACAGUCAUGCUUCAUCUUCAUUGUUUUGUAAGAAGGUUAGUUUAUUUCUCAUGAAGAGUUGACAGCUUUAUUUCUCUUUUUGCUCUCUUUAUCCUGCACUGUAAGACAUAAACCUGAUUAUUUUUCAGUGCAUGCCUCAACUGCCAUGAGAGUCUUCUCAGGAUUGCACUUACUUCAUAGCUUUCAGUGAUAUUUCACAGACACAAGGGGCUCUCUCAGCUGCCGUAUGUAAAUAAGAGGCAGUCUAAAAGAACUACACGCUGUGAUCUGACCCAGAUAACAUGUCAGUGUUUUAUUUUGCAACUUUUUUAAAGCCAUUACCUCGUGCUGCGUGGCCGUAUACAGCAACAGGCAGUGCUGAACUAACGAAUCUGUCCACUUGCUUCAAAGAGGAUUACUGCUCCUUCUGCUUAGCUUAGUUACCUCAAAUUAGGAUAAAGGGUUAGGAGAGGUCUGCCGUCCACAGCGGCCAUCUGUCUGUGGACAGCCGAGCGCUCACAUCGCUGUAAAUGGAGACAAGUCUGGAGUUGGAUGUUUUGAUAUUUCCAGAUGAAGUGAGGAUUGCCACUCCGGACGAUCUCAGAGAAUGGGAACUCGAAACAGCGAGCCAGUUGUCCAUACCCACCGUCCGGCUCUUUGUGGCCCUUUACCCCUACAACCCUGCUGCCAUGUCUCCCAACUAUGAGACGGCUGGAGAGGAGCUGCCUUUUGUACCAGGCCAGAUAAUCAAGGUGUGUGGGGACAAAGACUCGGAUGGUUUCUAUCACGGCGAGUCCGGCGGCCUCUUCGGUUACGUGCCAGGCAACAUGGUGGCUGAAAUCCCCGUGGACGACGAGUACCUGAAGCAUCUACUCAUGCAGCAGGGAUUCAUACCUGUGGACCGCACAGGUAUGUCUUUAACACCUGAUCUGAGCGACGCAGCGAGCAUCCCUGAGGAUGUGGUCGUUCGACGAAUGGUGGCCUUAUUUGACUACGACCCGUGGGAAAGUUCACCAAACGUGGACAGUGAAGUUGAACUCGGCUUUCGUUCAGGAGACAUCAUAUACGUGUUAGGUGAAAUGGAUCAAGAUGGAUUUUACUAUGGGGAUUUGCGUGGACGGAGAGGGUUGGUUCCAUCAAACUUUCUGCAGCCACUUCCCUGGGAUUAGAAGAAAAACGCCAUGCUAGGAUGCUUGCUUCAGAUGCCAACUCUCAGACACAGUGAGACAUCAGUAGUUUUUAUAACAAAAGACGAAAAAUGGAAAGAAAAUAUAUCUUUUUUUAAAAUCUUUUUUUAUUAUAGAUCGGCUCUGCAGCUGCUUUAGAAUGCAACUUAAUGACUGUCAACACUGUAAAAUCUGACAAAGUGACUUUACGUAAAAAAGUCGAGAACACUGAUAACCUCAUAAAUUACCAAGUAAAGUUGACUCAUCAUUUUUAAGUUUAAAACAUGUUAGCUCGUACAACUUUAAUCUAAUAGUCUGCUUUACUUGGUGACUUCCACAGUUUCCUGACUUCUUUAAAGGAGAUUCAACUUUUUAAAUUCACAGUUUCUGCAGAUGAGCAACUAAUUAAUCCAGUACGAAGAGAACAUGAAGUGAAAAGAGUCACACAAUUGUCAGGUUUUUCAUUUAUUGAUUUUUUUUUUUGCAACAAGAAUUACAAACCAUCUGGGGAAAGAUAUUACAGAUAAUUACAAGUUGUACAUAAUUAACUUGAUGCACUUUGAUUAAAAAAAAGACGACAGGAACCAACAGCUGAAUUCAUACUUAAAUAUCUGUAAGUGUGUUAUAACAUGAACAGACUGGAAUGAUUUUAAUCAUACCUGAUGGCAAUGGAUACGUUAUAUUAGCCUUAAUGAAACACUUUAAUUCUCAGUUUAUUGCAGACCAGAGUGUGUUUUUAUAGUACAUCAAUAAUUUGCCUUAAAUCCUGUGUAUAUUAUUUUCUAAAACUGGCUCAUAGUUUUUUUCAUAUGGAGGAAUAAGAAGAAAAUAUUUUGUAGUCUAUGGAGUUUCGCAGCAACCUGUAUGUAAAAACAAAUCUAAAGAGAAAAACUGUAUAAAGAAAAAGUGUUUAUAUUGUAAUUACAAUGUUCAAUCUUAAGAAAUAAAAAAGAAAUAAAAGCAGAAACUUAGAAAUAAACUAAAUCUUGGAUUUGAACAACGUGUACUCGCUUUCUUUUGGAUCUCAGCUGCUUGUUUGUUCUGUUUUGAUAAUCUACAUAAAAAACAUUUCACAGUCACCAUUAUCUUAUCAACUUGUAAUAAAUGAACACAAAUCACAAUUAAAUUACAAAAAGCAACAGAAAACUUCAUCAAGUUUUCUUGAUGGGCCUACAAGUUUUAAAAUCUUCCACAGAGUCCGUUGGUUUCUUCUUUUGCGUUUCUCUGCAGCCAACAGUAUACUCAUCCAUAAAGUAGGAAACACUACACUGUGUAGUGAAGUUUAGUAGUGCUUUCUACUUUAUGGGUGACAACACUGUACAUCAGUAGUUUCUGGUCGCUCCGCCGUGAACGUUGAAGACAUGACGGGUUGAACAAAAGAACGUUUUCACACAUGAAAUGCGAAUUCUCUGACACCGACUUCUAACUGAGACACACGAAAUCAGUCGCACGCACAGUACUUGACAGAAAUGUUGCAUAAAAUCCUGCUGAUAUAGAAUAUAAAUGACACAUAAAGCAGCAUAUCCUGUAUAUUUGAGUGCAUUUUGCUUCAUAGUGGAAAGAUACAACAAAUAAAAGGAAAGUUCAAGAUAUCUUUUUGAAAAUAAAGUCACUUCCUGUCAGGGUCUUACCGGCGUUUGGACUCCGCAGAAGAAAGAAAA